UAUCAAAAUUAACUAAAAAAGCUAAUUAAUAUUAGAUUAUAAGCUAUACAAUAAAUCUAAUCUGUUAAAUGGAUAUAGAAUAAAGUAAUAUAAAUACUUUAAUUGAAUUAUAAAGCACAAAUAUUAAAUCUUCAAAUUAAAUAAUUUGCUCAUAAACACAGCUUGUAGAUGAUAAAGUUAGGUGCUUGUCAACUAAAGAAGUUGAAAGAAAUAAAUAAUAAAAAAAGAAGAAUUUUUAAAAGAAAGUAGAGUUUUAAUUGAUUAAUAUCUAAAACUUAUUACUACCAAAUGAAAAAUAUAUUUUACAUACUUACGGAGAUUUAAUAUUGGAUUUAUAGUAAAGAAAAAAUGAAAUGAUAUUUUCUGCAUGGAAUUUUUACAAGAAAUGGCCAAGGACAGAAAUUUGUAAAAAUUCAAAGGUUCUCGCUAUACAUUUAGAGAAUAGAUAUUUUAUAGAUGAAGAAUAAAAUAAAAAGUAAAUUUAAUAAUUUAAAUCUUUUCCAGAUUAAAAUGUCUAUCAUGUUAUGCAAGCAAUUGAAUAGUAUUUUGAAAUAAGCAAAGCUUUGAUUUCCUACUUAUACAGUUACUUUCUCUUAAUGAAAUAAAAACCUGUAUUGGUUGAUUAAUUCUAUACGCGAAGAAAUUUAUUUGACAAAUAAAUGGAUUAAAUAUAUUAAAAUUUCAAUGACUAGGGCUUAAUUUAUUUCUCUACUCAUUCAGGUCCUGAUAUGGAGACAAACGAUUUCCAAUUUUACAAAACUAUUUAUAGUGAAUCUCUUGGGUUUAUAUUAGGCAAGGAGCUCUCUGAAUUGGAAGAAAUUUUUAGAAGAACUGGUGUUUAUGAUUUUUUUGACUUUGAAUCUUCUUUGGAAAUGGUAAAAUUAUUGGUUGAAUUUAAAAUAUCGCUAUUCGAUGAAAUAUCAAGAUAGAGAGGAAAUAUAACAUAUAAAAUGAAUCAAAAUCUAAAUUUUAAAAAACAAUUCAAAAUAUAUACCUAUGAUGAUUUAGAGUUUUACACGAAUGUAGAACUUAAAGUUUUUAAAAUGAGCGAUUUCAUUGAUGAUAGUAAACACUUUUUAGAUUUCUAUAGUAGUGUUAUAAUAUUUGAUGUAUCACCUAGUAUGCUAUAGUAGAUUAUUACAUUACGAUAAUAAGGUAUGUAGCUAAAAGAAGUAAGUGAAACUAAAGAAGAGUAAGCAGAAUACCUGUAUAACAUUGAAUAUAUGGCUAAAGCAGAAUUAUUUAAAGAAAAAUAUAUUGACAAUUAUAAUAAUAAUAGUUUUUUGUAAACAGAGUAAAAUGGCAGUAACAAUAAAAUAUGCAAGUAUAGGUAUAUAUGAGCUCUAUACAAUAUAUAUAUAUCUAUCUAUCUAUUCCUUACUAAAUAAAUUUAAUUAUUAUUUAUUUUUUUAGCAUUGUUUAAUAAAAUUCUUAAUUUAAAAUUAAGAAAAAAACAAAUUAUUUAAUUUGAAGGCUUUAAAUUAAAAUUGUUUUAUUAAAAAUAUCUAAUUUAAGAAGAAA